UUCAUCAAAUUCACGAGUUGUUGAUUUUCCAGAUCGAUUAGACCAAUUUUGAGGAGAGAGCGAUGCCUCCGAAAUCGGCGAGGAAGUCAGUCGGCCCAGGGAGAAGAGGCGGAAGAGCAAGAGGAACACCGAAGGUGUCGGCGCAGCCUGAUCCGGAGGCAGUAGUGGUGCCUGAAGAAUCCGUGAAACCGGUUGAGGAGGCACCGGUUGAGGCUAAGGAAGAGGAGGAUCCAGCUUUGGGUAAAGAAGAGGAGGUGCCGGUUGGGGUUAAAAAGGCGGACGCCGUGAAGGUCCAAGAGGCCAAUGAAGAAAAAGUGGAAAAGGUCGAGGAGAAACCGGUGGCUGAUAAUGGGAUUGAUCGUUCAAAGAGGGAAGACAAUGAUGUGAAAGAUUCUGUCGAGGAAUAUGAAAAAGGGGAACGGUUGGACUUGGAGGAUAAUGAUCCAGAAGAAUCCGAACCUGAGGAGUAUGUUGGUGAGGAUUAUGAUGAGAAGGAGGUUGUAGAGGAUGUUCAAGAAGAGGUACUUGAUGUGGAGGAAGAAGUUGAGGAUGGGGAUGUUGGUGAGGAUGAAGAGGGUGAUGAUAUACCUGAGGGAGAAAUGGAAGAUCCUCCGGAGGAGUUGGAGCCCGAGGAGGAGGAGCAUGCUGCUGAAGAGCAUGCUGGAAUGGCGGAUGCAGAGGAGCAAGAGCAGCAUGAUGUUUUCAAAGAGAGACGUAAACGAAAAGAGUUUGAAAUCUUUGUCGGGGGAUUGGACAAAGAUGCUACUGAGGAGGACCUUAGGAAAGUCUUUAGUGAAGUUGGAGAGGUUUCUGAAGUCAGACUUAUGAUGAAUGCUCAGUCCAAGAAGAACAAGGGAUUUGCAUUCCUCCGUUUUGCAACUGUGGAGCAGGCAAAACGAGCUUGUGUAGAGCUAAAAAAUCCUGUGGUUCAUGGGAAACAAUGUGGUGUUUCGCCAAGUCAAGACAGUGAUACACUAUUUUUGGGUAAUAUAUGCAAGACAUGGACCCAGGAAGCUCUGAAAGAAAAGUUGAAAAACUAUGGAAUUGAUACCGUGGAGGAUUUGACAUUGGUAGAAGACAGUAAGACUGAUGGAACUAAUCGGGGCUUUGCCUUUUUGGAGUUCUCUUCCCGUUCGGAUGCUAUGGAUGCUUUUAAGCGUCUGCAAAAGAGAGAUGUGACAUUUGGUGUUGAUAGGCCAGCUAAGGUUUCUUUUGCAGAUUCUUUCAUUGACCCUGGUGAUGAGAUCAUGGCCCAGGUUAAGACUGUUUUUGUGGAUGGCCUGCCUUCUUCUUGGGAUGAGGUUCGAGUGCGGGAUCUUCUCAAGAAAUACGGGGAGGUGGAGAAAAUUGAGCUUGCCCGUAAUAUGCCUUCUGCCAGAAGAAAGGAUUAUGGAUUCAUCACCUUUGGAACACAUGAUGCAGCUGUGACAUGUGCUAAAAGCAUUAAUAAUGUAGAGCUGGGAGAAGGAGAGAACAAGGCUAAAGUGAGGGCCAGAUUGUCACGACCACUUCAGAGAGGCAAAGGAAAACACAUCUCACGUGGUGAUUUUCGACCUGGUCGAGCUGCCUCUGGAGGUUUUAGGGGUCCAUGGGCUCGUCCGGUACCACGCAAUUUGCCUCCACGCGGUAUAAGAAGACUUGGUGGACGUCUACCACCUGUUGUUGAUCGUAGUGUUAGGAGGCCUGUUGGGUUAAGGGAUCGACGGCCUGUUGUCGCCUUGCCACCAAGAGGGAGGCCAGUGGCUCCUUUACCGAGGUCCUAUGAUAGGAGGCCUCCUGUUCCUUCACACACCAAGAAUAGCCUGAAGCGGGAUUAUGGUCGACGUGAGGAGCUUCCGCCGAGGAGCAGAGCGAUUGCUGGCAGAGCAAUUGCUGAGUAUGGUCCUCCUAGGUCUACCUCGGAGAGAAACUCAUCUUACAGAGACAGUUAUCCUACUCGUGGACCUACCUAUGCUGAUCUACCAAGAGGGUCCUCUCACUCUACAUCAAGGAGAGCCUACACAGAUGGUGGCUAUUCAACAAGGUUUGAGAGACCGCCACCAAGUUAUCGCGAGGGUCGCCCUCGUGAUUAUGAUCCUGUUCCUGGGUCAAAGCGUCCAUAUGCUGCACUGGAUGAUGUUCCACCCCGCUAUGCUGAUGCCGAAGUACGCCAAUCGCGAGUUCGUUUGGAUUAUGAAAUUGGAGGUGGAUCUUCACAAUAUGGAGAUGCAUAUAGCGAUAGACUUGGAAGAUCAAACAUAGGUUAUGGUAGUAGCAGGAGUUCAAUGUCUGCUCAGGAUUCUCAUGGUCUUUAUAGCAGCCGUCAGGGUCUGGCAUACGGUGGAGGAUCUUACAGUGGCAGUGAUGGUGGUGGUAUAUACUCAUCAAGCUAUGGUGGCGAUUACAUCUCUCGUGGCAGUGAUGUUGGCGGAAGCUCUUACUCAUCAUCGCUGUAUUCUGGUCGUAGCUUGGGUGGCAGUGGUUACAUGGGUAGUGGAGGCUCUGGAUCCUACUAUUGAGAUAGUUUGAUGAAGAGGCUGCUGUAGAAUGCGAUUUUCAAAGGUCAUGCGUUAUGAUGUCUGCAGCUUGGUCAUGGAGCAUGAAUCUUAGAAAAGCCUCUUGUUAUGUGAAAGGGGAUGAUCAACUGGUCUUGAUUCUGAUUAGAUGAAGUACAUGUUAGAUUGAUGGUUUAAGUGUAUGACCUCAUACUUUAUGCAGUAAGAGAAUCUCGACACUGGUUUUUAUGAAUGCAAGUUCCAAAUUCGAUCUUUGUG